AUGCCACAGAACGACUACAUCGAGCUGCACCGAAAGAGGUACGGCUACCGAUUUGACUACUUUGAAAAGUCGCGAAAGAAGGAGGCGCGCAAAGUACACAAGGAAGCACUAAAAGCAAAGAAGCUUAGAGGAAUAAAGGCAAAAAUUUACAACAAGAAAAAAUACACAGAGAAAGUAAAUCUGAAAAAAACGAUAAAGGCCCAUGAACCGAAAGAUGUAAAAACGAACACAAAAAUAAAUGACGAUAAUGGAUUGCCAUCGUAUCUACUUGACAGAACCCAAGUGAAAGGAACAAAAGUUCUAACCAACCUACUUAAACAGAAGAGGAAGAGCAAGGCAGGAAAAUGGGAAUUACCCAUCCCGAAAAUACAGGCCCUAAACGAGGCUGAAAUGUUAAGGGUUGUCAAAUCAGGAAAGAGGAGAAGAAAAACUUGGAAAAGACUCAUCGAUAAAAUUUCCUUUGUUGGAAAUGACUUUACGAGGAAGAAUCCUAAAUUUGAAAGAUACAUUCGACCGAGUAGCUUACGUUUUAAGAAGGCCAACGUAUACCACAGUGAAUUAAAGACGACCUUCUCUCUUGAUAUAAUAAGCGUGAAGGUCAAUCCGCAGUCCAAUUUGUAUACCAACUUGGGCGUUAUUACUAAGGGGACUAUCAUCGAGGUGAACGUCAGUGAAUUAGGACUCGUUACGCAGUCCGGGAAGAUCAUUUGGGCCAAGUUCGCCCAGGUUACCAACAACCCUGAACUGGACGGCUGCAUAAACGCGACACUGCUUGUGUAG